CAAAGAGGAAGGAAGAUGGCGGAUAACAAAGGCGAGGAUGAUAUGGAAACGUCUGUUAACUCGGACGCCGUGCCUUCAGCGCAAGAUAACGAGCAGCCAGAAAUGAAAGUUGAAAAUGCAGUUAUAGUCUUAGAAGGGAACACAAAAGGCGGAGAAGAUACAGAGUCCCAUGAUAAUGCUAACGAGGCACCUACACCCAACAGCGACGGCGGGGACGUAAGCAACGGUGGGGCUGCUGCUGUUGAGGGAGGGGAAGCGAACAGUAGCACUAGUAACAGCCCGGCUGAGACCAGCUCUACCAAUGCGGAGCCGGCGGCAGCUGAAACCUUGCCCGCCGUGGAUGCUCCUGUUGGCGGACCAAGCACUGAAAUGUCCCCACCUUCUACAGCUCCAGCGGGCACGCCGGUAUCGACCCCCUUUAAUCUGUUGGAUACGUGCGCAGUGUGUAAACAAAGUCUUCAGAGCCGGAACUGUGAACCAAAACUUCUGCCUUGUCUGCACUCCUUUUGCCUGAAAUGCAUCCCGCAACCAGACAGACAGAUAAGCGUACAGGUGCCUGGACCACACGGGCAAACGGACACACACAUAGUAAACGUUAUGCGCUGUGCAGUGUGCCACCAGGACUACAAACAGAGUGACAUCAUUGACAACUACUUUGUCAAAGAUACCUCAGAGGCCCCCAGCACGUCUGAUGAAAAGUCUGCACAGGUGUGCACAAGUUGUGAGGACAAUGCGGGAACCAUAGGCUUUUGUGUGGAGUGCGGGGAAUGGCUGUGUAAGACCUGCGUGGAAGCCCACCAGAGGGUGAAAAUUACCAAGGACCACAAGAUCCACACGAAGGAGGAUGCUGACGCUGCUUCCGAGUCUGUUGGUACGACAGGGCAGAGGCCUGUUUUCUGUCCCGUCCACAAGCAGGAGCCACUGAAGCUUUUCUGUGAGACCUGUGACACGUUGACCUGUCGGGACUGCCAGCUGCUGGAGCACAAAGAGCACAGUUACCAGUUCCUCGAGGAGGCUUUUCAGAACCAGAAAGGUUUGAUUGAGUCCAACAUGGCCAAACUACAGGAGAAGAAGAGUUACGUGCAUUACUCAGUCUCCCAGGUGCAAAACAGGUUAAAGGAGGCGGGUGAGACGCAGAAGAAGGUGGAGCAUGAGAUCAAAAUCGCAGUAUUUACUCUUAUAAAUGAGAUUAACAAGAAGGGAAGGUCCUUGCUGCAGCAGUUGGAUAGUGUCACCAAAGAGCGCAAUGCGAGGCUUGUGUCUCAGCAUAAGGACACCGCGCAGCUGGCCCAACAGAUCCACCAUGUGCUCAGCUUCUGCCAAUGGGCCAUCGGCACUGGCAGCAGCACAGCGCUGCUCUACAGCAAGAGGCUGAUGCUCUACCAGCUUCGCCAGCAAUACAAGGCUCGACUGGAGCCAGUGCCACAGGCCAAUGGAGUUGUGCGUUUCUUCUGUGACCCCACCUUCUGGGCCAAAAAUGUGGUGAAUCUAGGUAAUUUGGUCAUCGAGAAGCCACACCAACCUGCACAGCCCGCCGCUGUGAUGGUAGGGGGAUCGCCUAUUUCCCCGGGCCACAGUCACCACAGCAAGCAACAGGGACAGAUCAACCUGGCCCAGCUCCGGAUGCAGCACAUGCAGCAACAGCAGGCGGCAUACGCGCAGCACAAGCAGCAGCAGCAACAUCAUCAGCAGCAGCAGCACCAGCAACAGAUCCAGCAACAGAUGCGCAUCGCCUCCCAAAUGUCCCAGCAGCACAUCAGACAGGCCGGGCCCCCCAUGGGUCAGCAGCAGCCUCCGAGGCUCAUCAGUAUGCAGCAGCUACCAAGAGGGCCUGGGGGUAUGAACGGGGGGCCAGGUCCCCCCAUGUACCCUUCCUCCCACCACAUGCGUCUCCAGGGUCCCCCACAGGCCCGGAUGCCUACGGCUCAGCCCAGGCUCAACGGACAGCAGUAUCCCGCCAUGAUGCAGCCUCAGCUACAGAGACAGAUGUCUAUAGAAUCUGAGAUGAGCCACCAAAGGUUUCGUUUCUUACUACAAUCAGGGCAUUCCAACCCAGGGCAUGCGGGCCCUUUCCCGGUGGCUUCCCUCCAUAACGCUAACCCCACGAGUCCCACCAGUGCCAGUAUGGCGGGUGCCCAUGCUCACCGUGGCCCCGCCAGCCCCAUCAUAGGGCCCAUCGAACUCAUUCCCUCCGUUACCAAUCCUGAGAACCUGCCUUGCCUACCCGAGAUCCCGCCCAUACAGCUGGAGGAUGCAGGGUCGAGCAACCUUGGAAACAUCCUGACUCGCUUCAUUACAGUCAACAGGGAGCAACUCCUCGGCUCAGUGGACAUGAACCCCUCGCCUGGCCUGUCCACACACUCUCCUGGAUCCUCAGGGUUGUCGAAUGCACACACACCAGCAAGACCUUCUAGCACGUCCAGCACAGGCAGCAGGGGCAGCUGUAAUUCGGCUGGAAAGACGGGGCCAGGAGGUGGCGCUCAAGUGGAGCAGGUGAGGGUGAAGCAGGAGCCUGGAACAGAAGAAAGCAACAGCUGUCCAACUUCCUCUCUGAAGACAGAGUGGGGCAAAGAUGGCGGGAGGAGUGAUUGCAUGAUGAGCAAUCCGGAGAGCAGCACCCAUCCUACAUUGGGAGUCGUAUCUUCCGGCCAAGAUGCUCUCAGGGCUUUAGGGGAGCGCGUCAAAACAGAACCUCAAUCUGAGACACCUUGUUCUGGACACAGUGGCUCCGGGGCCGCCACCUCUUCCACUCCCACAAUGACCUCUGCUACCUCACUAUACUCUGGGAACGGCAGCAGAACGGCCGGCGCUUCGCUCACUAAUGGAAACUCGGAGAAGGGGGACGACCCCAAUGAGGACUGGUGUGCUGUUUGCAACAACGGGGGUGACCUGCUGUGCUGCGACCGCUGCCCCAAAGUGUUCCACAUGAAGUGCCACGUACCCACCAUAAAAAUCUUCCCAACGGGUGAUUUUCUCUGCACGUUCUGCCGAAGUCUAACCACCCCCGAGAUAGAGUACUGUGACGAGAGCAAGAAAGGCCAAGAGGCACAGGGGCUGAGUCCUGAGGAUCAAAGGAAAUGUGAACGCCUCCUGCUGCACAUCUUCUGCCAUGAGCUCAGCGUGGGCUUCAGGGAACCUGUUCCUAGCUCUGUGCCCAACUACUACAAGAUUAUAAAGACGCCCAUGGAUCUCAAGAGGGUGAAGAAGAGGCUGCAGCUCCGGAGCUCCCAGCACUACCAGUCCGUCCAGGAGUUUGUGUCCGACAUGCGCCUAGUCUUCACAAACUGCGCCAAUUACAACGAGAUGUCUCGAAUAAUCCAGGUUUAUGAUGAGGAGAAACAGAUUAAUACGCAGGCGGGAUCCGAGAUGGCGAUAUCCGGCAAGGCAGUGAGCCUGUACUUUGAGGAGAAGUUGCAGGAGUCCUUCCCUGAGCAGAGCUUCCCCGAAACAGCACAAACAGAAUGUCCGGAAAGAGAGGACAAAGAGGAGAAGGAGGACACAGAGGACUCUGACGACGGCUUCAUACAGCCAAGACGCAAACGGUUAAAAACAGAUGAGAAAGUGUUCCACAUAAAGUGAGACACGCCCUCAAAAUAAACCAGAGAAGUAAAAAAAAACUGUCUUCCUCAUGUCUCACUUCUUGUUUGUUUGAGGCAGCCGUCAAUAAAGGAGGAGAUCCGCUGUACAAACUGCUUGGUUUAUCUCAUCCUUGCCUUCGAAAGAAUGAACUGUCAUUAUCUGCCUUUAUCACAAAUCUGGAGGACAGAACCACAGAAGAGCUGCAUUACCUCCUUAUAUUCCUGGACACCCAAGAACUCGCUUGUACAGACUUUAACGUAGGACUUGUUUUGCAGUAGAUCAAUUAAUGAAUGCUCCUUUUUUUUAACCACCCAUCUCAUGUGUAGAUUUGUUGUGGAAAGUGCUUUAUAAAACAUUUGAAUCCCCUGUCCUCAGUUCUUAAUGUAUUAUAUCUAUACUUUGACAUGAAACCUACCAAGUAUUUGUAUAACUUUGUUGAAGCAAAAUGUAAAUAAGAGAAUCUAGCCCGCUGAAGGUGUUCCUACAGUAUAGAUGUUUGGGUGCAUCAUCAAUAAAACCUGUUCUUGAAAUAUA